UACGUGAACUCACCUUACCUGCACAAUCCGGAGAGCAACCUCUCGUGCACCGCCCGAUAUCAGCGCCUCGUCAGAAGUCGAUUAUCCAGCGAUUGAAUUUCACACACGAAUCACUGUCACAAAUGUCCAGAGUCCUCCCGAAAACACCGAAACCCGCGCGCUCUUUUGUCACUCCGCCACCUUCCGCCCGAUGUGUGGCGCGGCUUCUUCUCCUCUUCCCCUCCCACCGCCCCGCGACGCGACGCCAAAACGACCGUUAUUUUCGCGCCAGCGGCCGAGCGAUCACCUCCGUCUCCCGAGAGUCCCGACUUACUUUAUCGCUCCCGAGCGCGUCCCGGAAGUCAGUGCAACAGUGUCGGUGUGUUUUCGAUAGUUUUGACACGCGUCGCGAGAAAAAUCCGCGAAAAGGGGGCGCGGCCGUCGAGAAUUUGGCGCCAGCCGGAAGUGACCGCCGGGCGCCGCCGUCCCACCGCGGCGCAGUUUUCGCGGGACUCGGGAGAGCGAGAGGAGACGCGGAGAGGAAGAGAAGUGUUGAGCUGUCUUUAUCUAUUCGUGCAGUCGAAAUGACGAGGCCACUGAUGGAGGUGACGACGAGGACGAGCUACGCCAGCCACCAGCAGCAGGCCGUCCAGAGGAUGCGCUUGGUCAGCGUAGGGAACUACGAGAUGACGAGGCUUCUGGGCAGGGGCAACUUCGCCAGGGUCGUCGAGGCCGUGCACAGCGUCCUCAAAGCAAAGGUGGCCAUUAAAAUCAUCGAUACGAGUCGUAUUACGCAGGAAUACGUCAUCAAGAACCUGACGCGGGAGGCUAAAAUCCUCUCCAUGCUGAACCACCCGAGCAUCGUUAGACUCUACGAGACCAUUCAGUGCGGACCGGUCUACUACCUCGUGACCGAGCUGGCGACUGGCGGCGACCUCUACUCCCACGUAAGAAGCCAAGCCUCGGGUCGUCUCGACGAAACUAGCGCCCGAUCUUAUGCGCGCCAGCUGGUCGCGGCUCUGCAGCACAUGCACUCCAGAGACAUCGUGCACCGAGACCUGAAGAUGGAGAACGUAAUGCUGCACGACGAGAAAAAGGAGCGGAUCAAAAUAGUCGACUUCGGACUGAGCAACCUCCACGACUGCGCGAACCCGCUGAAGACGCAGUGCGGCUCUCCGGAGUAUGCGGCGCCCGAACUCUUUGUCAGAGGAAAAAAAUACGGCCCGGAGGUGGACUUCUGGAGCCUAGGAGUGAUCCUGUACGUGAUGGGCGCCGGUCGGCUGCCGUUCCUGAGUCCCCGAGACGGCCGGACAACGGCAGAGGAGUGUCGCCGCCGGCUGAUGGGUCAGAUUAAUCGGGGCCUGGCAGCGCCGCAGGAGCGCGCCAUUUCGACUCUGUCAGCCGAGUACAGGGACCUCGUGGCCCGGCUGCUCACUCCAGCCGCCCACAGGAGGAUCGCCAUGGACGAGCUGCGCCGGCACCCCUGGAUCCUCGACCGGAGGCGAUUGGGAGGGGAGGAUGGAUCGCCGGCUGUUGAUCACCAGGCGAUCCUGCAGGAGCUCCUCGAUUUCACGGGCAUGACUCGGCAGGCGAUAGACGCGGAGCUUGGCGGCAAACGAUUCGGCACGCUCGGAGGAAUGUACAAUAUCAUAGCCCACGAGCUGCAACGCGCCGGUCCGAGCGGCGGUUUUAAAAGCAAACGCGGCAGGAUGUUGCGACAAUUAAAACAGAACCUGAGUAAGCCGUACGCGCCGCUGAUCAACGCCAGUUGCAGAAGUAAGGCAAUGCGAAUGGCUUCGUCGCAAAUGGAGCCUUUCGUCGACGACCAUCAGCCGGAUCUUCCAUUUUCGAUCGCGGAGUACGACCGCAACUCGAAGAAAGUUAUUCAAGCUCCGCUGGCUGCGGUAAUUCAAACGCCGACCAAGACAGUGGCCAACAGCAAGGAUCCGCUCAAAUUCCCAAGUAAAAAUUUGAAAAAUAGACCAGUCACAAUAACAACCUCGAAACGACUGCCGCCGACUGCUGCAGGCUUGCGCAAAAGUGCGCUUCGUCCUCUCUCCGAGCAGAUAACGCGCAAUCGAAUUAAGCCAAACAGCGGUCUAAGAAGCGGCAAAAUAUCGCAGCGAGAAAAACCGAUCAGGACGAAUGCGCCAUCGGGGCAAGUAGGCGCUCGGCAUUCGUGCCUAUCUCGACAAUCUCCGGCGCUGCUGCAAUCCCUGGGUCAAGGCGACGAUCGCCGGACAGCAGCACCGAGUGCCGCGCUCCUCGGCUUGGCAAAGGGCAACAUAGAUGCGUCGAAAAUCUCGAGGAGCCGAAAUAAGGCUGCGGAGCUGGUCGCUCUCUUAGAGCGAAAGCAGCGCGAGAAAAGGAGUCGACGGGAGGUCGGCUCUCUUUGAGAAAGACUCGGACUGCUUUGAAAACUUUGGACAAGCUCAAGUGGAAGAAUUGCUUUAUUCAUCGGGGCUGCCUUGAUCAAGCCGAGAAGAAGGAAACUUUUUAAGCGUCACUGCAGACAAACUAACGCGAUCAUCAACACUUUAUUCAAAAUUAUGGGAUUUUAAAAUAUAAAUAAAAAUUUAUUUUGUUCUAAAA